AUGGCGUUCGCGGGCCGCCGCGACGGGCCGGAUUUCACCGUGCUCAAGCGGCUGGCGCGAGACCAGCUCAUCUACCUGCUGGAGCAGCUCCCUGGGAAGAAGGACCUGUUCAUUGAGGCAGAUCUGAUGAGUCCCCUGGACCGAAUUGCCAAUGUCUCCAUUCUCAAGCAACAUGAAGUGGACAAGCUGUACAAAGUGGAGAACAAACCCAUCGUUAGCUCUAGUGACCAGUUGUGCUUCUUAGUCCGGCCACGGAUCAAGAACAUGAAGUACGUUGCUGAUAUUGUCAAUGCUGACAAGGCGAUGGGGAGGAGCCGGAAGUACAAGAUUAUCUUCAGCCCCCAGAAGUUUUACAUCUGUGAGCUGGUGCUGGAAGAAGAGGGAAUCUAUGGUGAUGUGACCUGUGAUGAGUGGGCCUUCUACCUGCUCCCCCUGGAUGAUGAUCUCCUCAGCAUGGAGCUGCCUGAGUUCUUCCGGGAUUACUUCCUGGAAGGGGAUCAGCGCUGGAUCAGCACAGUCGCACGAGCUCUGCAGUUGCUGAACUCCCUCUUUGGGCCUUUCGCUAACACCUAUGGGAUUGGCAGGUGUGCCAAGAUGGUCUAUGAGGUGUGGCGAGAGCUGGUGGAGGAGAGCGAGGGUGACAGCCAAGCCAGGAGGCCUGAGAUCAGCCAUGUCUUCCUCAUGGACCGAGAUGUGGAUUACGUCACGGCGCUCUGCUCCCAGGUGGUGUAUGAGGGGCUGGUGGAUGACACGUUCCGCAUCAAAUGUGGGAGCGUGGAUUUCGGGCCAGACGUCACCUCCUCUGACAGGAGCUUCAAAGUGCUGCUCAAUGCCCAGGACAAGGUCUUCAGCGAGAUCCGGAACGAACACUUCUCCAACGUCUUCGGCUUUCUGAGUCAGAAGGCACGGAACCUGCAGACGCAGUACGAUCGCCGUCGUGGGAUGGACAUCAAGCAAAUGAAGAACUUUGUCUCCCAGGAGCUGAAGGGGUUAAAGCAGGAGCACCGUCUGCUGAGCCUGCAUAUUGGCGCCUGCGAGUCCAUCAUGAAGAAGAAAACCAAGCAGGACUUCCAGGAGCUGCUGAAGACUGAGCACGCUCUCCUGGAGGGGUUUGACAUCCGCGAGAGCACCAGCUACAUAGAAGAGCACAUCGACCGGCAGGUCUCCCCCAGCGAGAGUCUGCGCCUAAUGUGCCUCCUGUCGGUCACGGAAAAUGGGCUGAUCCCUAAGGAUUAUCGCUCCCUGAAAACCCAGUACCUCCAGAGUUAUGGGCCUGAGCACCUGCUGACCUUUCAUAACCUCAAGCGCAUCGGGCUGCUGACAGAGCAGGCCCCAGGGGAGACCCUGACUGCCGUGGAGAGCAAAGUCAGCAAGCUGGUGACCGACCGAGCAGCAGGGAAACUCACGGACGCUUUUAAUUCUCUGGCCAGGAAGAGCAAUUUCCGAGGCAUAAGCAAGAAGCUGGGCUUGAUCCCCCGUGUUGAUGGUGAAUAUAACCUGAAGGUGCCCCGAGACAUGGCUUAUGUCUUCAGUGGGGCCUAUGUCCCCCUGAGCUGCAAGAUCAUUGAACAGGUACUGGAGCGCAAGGGCUGGCUGGGCCUGGAGGAGGUGGUGCGCCUGCUGAACGGCAAUGAGUUUGCUCCUACAGAACCGGUCAUGGAGGAGAAUCCCGCCUGGGAGGCGCAGCGUGUCAUCCUAGCAGUCUUCCUGGGAGGCUGCACCUUUUCUGAGAUCUCUGCUCUCCGAUUCCUGGGGAAGGAGAAAGGAUACAAGUUUAUAUUCCUGACAACAGCCAUCACAAGCAGCGCCAGGCUGAUGGACGCCAUGUUAGAGGCGAAGGUGUGAGGCAGGGCUGAGCCACGGCCCUGGCAGAACAGCUUGUGCCAGCCAGGGUCACAUUCCACAGUGGACACUGCCCGGCACUGCACACAUGACGCUGGAGUGCUGUACAUCAGCAGCCGGAGCAGGGCAGACAUGGAGCCCAUCCUGCCAUGAGCCUCUCAGUGGGUUUCCCGAAGGCUGCAGAUUGGGGUUUAAAUGGAUGAAAAGACCUUCGAUGGGUGCGAGGGGAGUGUCUCUGGGGAGGCUGGAAGAGGGAAGAAUCUGUUGUUUCUCCAAUCCAAA